AUCCAUCCGCCUGUUUGCGCGUUACCCGUCGCAUGCCCAUCACGUGUCGCCGGGAUUUGCCUGCAAGUCAUGCAUCACCCGUUGUGCACCACUAUCUUCUUGUUGUUGUCGUUUUUGGUUCUUCAUGUCACCGCUGCCACCGUCGCAAUAGUCUUUGCUUUGUCAUUUUCUGUUUUGCACACUAUGUUUUGUAAAAAAAAGGAAAACAAAAUGUUGUCCUCCUCUAGUCAUGUAUCCCUUCCUCGUUGUUCGAUGCUUUUCAAUGACACUAACUAUCCAGAUUGGGUUCUUCAGAUACGCCUUUAUAUGCGUGGGCUGUGGCUUUGGGAUUUUCUUACUAGAGUGCUUCCUUGUCUGGCUUGUUCUCUUGUUCCCGCCUCACCUAUGAUCUCUGAUCAGACUACUGAGGAAGAAAAUCGACGAGUGAUUCUUGAUCACGAAGAUGCCAAGGCAUCCUUUGAGGCUCAGUUCACUGCUUACAAAACAUGGCAGGAUGAAGAUGCCCGUGCAUGCUCUAUUCUUGUCACCAAUAUGCAUGAGCGCUUUGCUAGUGAUGUCAUUGGUUUGGACAUUGCUCAAAAGAUGCGGGAUUUUCUUCAUCAACGCUACGAGCCUACUAGACAAUCCACUUUUCUUGCUGCUAUACGCCAGGAGCAGGCCUUGUAGCAGGGUGACUCUACAAUUGAUGACUUCUUUGAUCAGAUGUUUGUUGUGUGGCAUCAACUUGACACUUUUGGACCACAGCUAUCUCCUAGCACAUCAGUUUUGUCAUGGUCAGAAGACUUAUCUGGAGAUUCAUCGUGUCUACGACUUCUUGACGCAUCUGCGGUCGAAGUUUGAGCCUCUUCGUGCUCAACUACUCGCUCGUGAUCCCUUUGUGUCUCUGAUGGAUGCUCUUGUUGUUGUUCGUGCUUAGGAGGCUCGUCUUUGUAUUGCUGGUCUUCUACAGCUACCUUCAGUUCUGGUUGCUCCUUCAUUUGUGUCUCAUUCUACUAUCCCUCCAUCAGUGGCGCCUUCUUCUAGGAGUGGUAGGGACGGUGAUAGUCUUCAUUGCACCUACUGUGACAAAAAAUGGCCAUGUGAAGACCUAUUGUUUCUGGAAGAAGGAUGAUCUUCAUCAUGGAGGGCAUCCUCCUAAGGGCGCUGGUGGCUCUUCAAGUACUGAAGGUUCUCAACAGGCUCUUACUGGUUCUAAUACACAGGUGAUUCUUAUGCUGCUUCGUCGCCUUGCUAUCUCUGCACCUGUUGGCGCUACUCGUUCUGUCACUACGACUUCUGCAACAACAGGUUCUGCUGCUUAUGCUUCUCAGUCUUCUGGUGAGGGACCACCAUCCACCUCAGGUACUUCUCCAUGGAUCUUUGACUCUAGUGCUUCUUUUCAUAUGACUCCUGAUCACACUAGUCUUUCCUCCAUUAGUCCUCCGUCUAUUCCAAUUACUGUUCAGACUACCGAUUGUUCUCCGCUCUCUGUUGCAGGACGAGGCACCCUUCUGUCUUCAUCUUUUCAUGUUCCUUCUAUUUCGUAUGUUCCCAAACUAACCAUGUAGCUUAUGUCUGUGGGCCAGCUCACAGAUCAUGGCUACCGUGUUAUUCUUGAUUCUGACUCUUUCUAUGUAUAAGAUCGCAGCACGGGUCUAUACUGGCCCUUGCCACUGUGACUCUUAGUGUAUUUGGAAGCUUGACUGGUUUCGUCUUCCUUCUGCUAUCUCGGUCAGUCUUGUCGGCUCUGCUACAACUACUUCAUCCACUUCGCUCUUCGCUUAGUGGCAUCAUCAUUUGGGACACCUUUGUGGUGCGCAUCUCUCCGACCUUAUUCAUCGUGGUCUUUUGGGGUCUGUCUCGGGUGACGUAUCCUUAUAUCAAUGUCAGGGUUGUAAGCUUGGCAUACAGCUAUAACUCCCCUAUCGUUCUAGCGAGUCAGUGUCAAAGAAUCCUUCAGAUUGUUCACUCUGAUGUAUAGGUCCCAGCUCCCUCCGUUUCGAAAGAGGUUCAUUGAUACUACAUAAUUUUUAUAGAUGAUUUCUCUCGCCACACUUAGAUCUACUUUAUGUCACAUCGUAGCAAGGUUUUGUCCAUCUAUAAGAAAUUUGCCACCAUAGUUCGUACUCAGUUUGACACUAUCAUUCAGGUUUUUCGUGCUGACUCUGUGGGGGAGUAACUUUCUGGAGCUCUUCGCCACUUCUUUUUCUGAGCAGGGCACUCUUGCCCAGUUCUUGUGCCCUGGUUCUCAUGCUCAGAAUGGUUCUGCUAAGCGUAAACACCGACAUCUCUUUGAGACUACUCGUGCUCUUUUGCUUGCAUCAUGUCCUGCCUCCCUUCUGGACUGAAGUUGUUUCCACUGCCACAUAUUUGACUAACAUUCAAUCUUUGUCUGCUCUUCAGUAUGGGAUUCCUCUCAAGUGUAUGUGGCAAGACACCCAACUACUCUAGUCUUCGCCUUUUUGGUUGCGUGUGCUAUGUUCUUCUUACCCCUCGUGAGCUCACAAAGUUGGCCGCUCUGUCUGUUGAGUGCGUCUUUAUGGGUUAUAGUGCUGAGCAUAAAGGAUAUCGAUGUUGGGAUCCUGUUGGCCACCCAAUGAUAAUUUCUCGGGAUGACACUUUUGAUGAAUCUUGUCCUUUCUAUUCUUGUCCAUCCUCUGAUGUUUCUUCCACAUCCUUGGUUGAGCCACUUACUUUUCUGACUUUCCCUGAUACCCUAUCACCACUACCACUAUCCCACAGCCGAGAUUCUCUCCCUCGACAUUACCCUCUGAUGAGUCCUCUCUUGCCGUACCUCCUGUUUCUAUCCUGGACUACAGGCCUCUUGUGGCACAUGUCUACACACGUCGUUUGCCAAUAAUUGAUUCUCCUGAUGAUUCGUCUUCUAGUGUGACAUAUCCUUCUUCAUAGGCUAAGUCUGAGUCUCCUUGCUAUGCCCUCUAGGACCUACGUCUUAGCUGCAACAUGAUCAUGACUAUGAUGAGACUUUUGCUCCUGUGGCGCACAUGACUAUUGUUUGCACUCUUCUUGUUGUUGCCGCUGUUCGUCGGUGGUCUAUCUCUUAGCUCAAUGUGAAGAAUGCCUCCCUUAACGGCGAGCUAUAUGAGGAGGUGUACAUGCAGGCACCUACUGGUUAUUUAGUCCCUGAGGGCAUGAUUUGUCAUCUUUGCCGCUCUCUUUAUGGACUCAAGCAAGCUUCUCGUGCCUGGUUUCAACGCUUUACUUUCGUGGUCACUGUUGCGGGCUUUUCUGCUAGCAUGAAUGAUCCUGCACUCUUUGUCCAUACCUCAUCUCGUGGUUGGACCCUUCUUCUGCUCUAUGUUGGUGAUAUGAUCAUUACUGGAGAUGAUUCUGCGUAUAUUGCCUUUGUCAAGGCAUGUCUCAGUGGCCAGUUUCUUCGUUACUUCCUUGGGAUUGAGGUCUCGUCUACACCUGAAGGUUUCUAUCUCUCCCAGGAGAAGUAUAUUUAGGAUCUCCUUGAUCACGCUUCUGUCACUGAUCAUUGCACUAUUGAGACUCCCAUGGAACUCAAUGUUCAUCUCUAAGCCAUUGACUAUGAGCUUCUUACUGAUCUCACUCGCUAUCAACAUAUUGUUGGAAGUCUUGUUUACCUUGGGGUCACUCGACCUGAUAUUUCUUAUGCAUUGCAUAUCUUGAGUCAGUUUGUCUCUGCUCCCACUCAGCUUCACUAUAGUCAUCUUUUGUGUGUCAUGUGUCAUCUUCGUGGGACCAUUUCUCGAUGUCUUUUCUUCCUGCGCUCCAGUUCUUUGCAGCUCUAGAUUUAUUAUGAUGCUACUUGGGCCAGUGAUUGUUCUGAUCGACGAUCACUUUCGGCCUACUGUGUCUUUCUUGGUGGUUCCCUCGUUGCUUGGAAGACUAUAAAGCAGAUUGCGAUUUCUCACUCGAGUGCAUAGGCCGAGUUGCGGCAUAUUGCGUUAUUGACAACAGAGGUUACUUGGCUACGGUGGCUACUUAAGGAUUUUGGUGUGUCUGUUUCUACCGACUCCACUUUCGUCUAACAGUACAGGUGCCAUCAGCAUUGUACACGAUCCGGUGAAGCAUGAGCUUACUAAAAGCAUUGGUGUUGAUGCUUAUUAUACACGUGCACAGGUUCAGAAUGAGGUGAUUACUCUUCAGUAUAUGCCUUUAGAGUUUCAGUUAGCAGACUUCUUCAUAAAGGCACAGACCAGGGUUUAGCAUAGUUUCUACCUCUCCAAACUCAGUAUUGUUGACUCAUCAUGAGUUUGAGAGGGGGGAGGGGUUGUUAGAUAUGUAAUUAUCUUUUGCUUCCUUGUAUAGUGCUGAUAAUCUGCCUUGUAUUACGUCUGAUUAGUUGUCUUGUAUAGCACCUGAUUAUCUGCCUUUAUGGCAUCCUGUGCAUUUAUAUAUAUGGGCCUAGAUCCCUGAUGAAUACAAGUGCUAUUCAUAACAGAAACUUGUAAUUUCAAUAUUGAAAGUAAUGCUGAUUAAUUCAUUCUGCAGGUACGAGGACGGAUAUCUUACAUGCUCCAGAAAAAGUGAAUUUGCGAUCCUUAGAGACCAAAUCAUCAACAAAACGGAAAAUGUUUUUCACCGGGCUGUCGUCUCAAUUUUGGGAGAGUGUGGCAUUGGAAAAACAACGCUUGCGAAGAAGCUGUACAAUGACCCAGAUAUCAUGAAACACUUUGAGGUUCAUGCCUGGGUAUGCCUUCCACCACAUAUCAGGUUUGGAGACUAUGUAGAGAUUAUGUACAAGCAGGUCAGCUCACAGGUCCCAGAAGCACCUGAACAAGACGAAACUGUAGCAUGUUCACCUUGCGAUGGAGAGACCACCGAUAAGGAACUUAAGCUUCUGCAGCACCUUCAGAACAGGAGGUACCUAGUUGUCCUUGAUGGGUUGUCCAACACCAGUGACUGGAACUCUUUGUUCGGCGUGCUGCCAGAUGAUAACAAUGGCAGUCGUAUCUUGCUCACAACACCGCUCAGUGUGAAGGAAAUUAAUCAUAUAGGCCCACAGAUUGCUCGCAUUGAGCUACCUUGUCUUGAUAUAAUACACGGUGAAGAGUUAUUUUGUCAACGAGUUUUUGGAGCUAAGGAACCUCCACAAAUUUAUAGGAGCAAGGCUUACUAUGAAAAAGUCCACCAGAUAUCAACAGGUCUUCCGCUGGCGAUCAUCGUGCUUGCAGGAAUAUUACGAUCGAAGGUGAUUCCCAUGGAGUGGGAUGAUGUCUUUAAGCAACUCGAGUCCAAUGGCCAGCCAAAACCAGUUAGAAGCAUAUGGUGUUUAGCGUUUGACGACUUGCCACACUACCUGAAAUCAUGCUUCCUCUACUUUGCGUCCAUCUCGGAAAAUGUUAUUGUUUACCCUGAUCGUUUGGUGCGUCUGUGGAUUGCUGAGGGUUUUGUAGUGCCAAAGAAGGCAGAAACUCUGGAGGAUGUUGGGUUUGACUAUCUGAAAGAGCUGGUCUCGAGAGGGUUACUCCAGGUCAUGGAGAAGGAUGCUGGAGGAUGCAUCAAGCUGGUAACCAUUCAUAAUCUUCUCCAUUCCUUUGUGGAGUCUGAAGCACAAGACUCUUGUUUCCUUGAAAUCCACCAUCAUGCAAAUGUCCUAAAUCCAAAUGCAGUGCGGCGCCUUGCUGUACAAAACUAUGUGGAUACAUAUAUUCACAUACCUAAUACAUUCCCCAAGCUGCGUUCUCUUCUCUGUGAUUUUGCAGAAGACCAACGUAGCAGCUCAAGCUUUGGAGGGCAGCAACCUCACUCAUUAUGGGGCAACCUUGCAGAGUUGUGCUUGAGAUCCUGUGCCACUUCUAAGAGUGUUGGCUCAGAUGUAUUACAUGGGCUCCACUUCUUACAAGGCUCCAGGUUCCUGCGAGUCAUCGACCUGAAUGGUCUAAAGAUGCAAAAGCUGCCUAAUGAGAUUGGAAACAUAAUACACUUGAGGUACCUUGGAAUUAGAAACAGCAACUUGGAGGAGCUCCCUUCAUCCAUGUCUAAGCUUGACAAUCUCCAGACAUUGGACGUACGGAGAACAAAUGUGGGAAAUAUUGUUGAUGAAUUUUGGGAAAUUCAAGCACUGAGGCAUGUGCUCGCUGAGAAAAUGCUGUUGCCCAAGUGCUUAGUACCCUUGAAUAAUUUGAUGACACUCAAUGGUGUGGUGCCUUUGAAUUCAUGGGAUGAGAAACUCUGUCCCUUGAACUAUAUGAUUUGUCUCCGAUCACUGUCUUUGGCUGGCAUUUCAGAACUCCAUACCAAGGCACUUUCAGUUGCUCUGAAGAAAAUGGAAUUCCUUGUAUACCUCAAUUUAUCAGGUGAAGUCCUUCCGUCUAACAUGUUUACUGACUCAAGCAUGCGCCGCCUCCAGGUCCUCAUCCUGCAUGGUAAGCUAGAAGGGCUUAAUGUUUUGCUGAGUGACCGAUAUGUCCUGCCAAACCUGACCACGCUCCGUUUGCACAAAUCAGAACUGUCACAGCUGUUUGUGGACAAGCUUGCCAUGCUGCCGUGCCUUGCCGAGAUGGAGCUCUUAGACAAAUCAUACACUGAGACAACUCUGUUCUUCCCUGAGAGGGGAUUCCGGAGCCUAAAAAACCUGAAGCUUCAGAACUUGAAUAUACAGAAGUUAAUGAUAAAGCAUGGAGCUAUGCCAAUGCUUUCCAUCUUAGCCAUGCAUGGUUGUUGCAAUUUAAAGAUCCUUAAUGGCUUGAAUGGCUUGGAACAUCUCCAAGAAGUGGUGAUCUACAACAUGGAAGAGACUCUAAAGCUUGUGGACAAGAAGCUUUUCAGCAAGAUCAAAUGCCUGGCUACCCCCACGAUGGUAACAGGCCGAGAAGGGGGUACUGGUUUCUUGGUCAGAAUGGCUAUGCCCGCGGAUGAUAAGCAAUGUAUCCCAGUGGCUUUGGAAUCACGCGGCAGUGAUUUGGAGGAUGCGGGUCCUGUUGUAGGGAAAGCAACUGAUGACAUUCAAGUACACUACGGUGCUGGUGCUUGGAUCAGGUCAUCCUCGGAGUAGCUUGUUUACAAACCAGUGUAGCAGACAAAGGUUUCCAUGUUGUUUGCUUAGAAAUCCCUUAAGUUACUGUUCUCCAAGAAAUCCCAUAAGUGGCAAUGGAGAUAUUUGCCAAGAAUAGAUGGCGAUUUAAUUCCAGAAUUUGCGGACGAUGAUAUCUCCACUCUCAUGUCAUGUACUUUGACUUCCCGCAUGCAUUUUCAAGAACAAUAUAACUAUAAUAAUGCUCUAGGUUCUGUGCACCAGUGCAAAGACCGGAAACUGGUUUUUCAUUAUGUAAUGGUAAGGUGCAACGGUUCAUUUGACACACGAUAUCAAUUUUACUUAUCACAUGUAGAGAUUAAAC